AUGGAGACUAAGACAAUUUUCAUGGCAUUUUUCAUAAUGACCACUUUAGUAUCAUAUGCGUAUUCAAGUUCUGGUCAAGAAGAUGUUGACGUUGAACCACUGGUCAAUCCAGGUCGCGAGUUUGAUACAUUGGAUGUGAUAUCACCGGCUUCGCAAGAUUACAAUAUUUAUAUGCUAGAGAUCCUCCCACCAAAAUACAAAAUGUAUGUCGAAACCUGCAUGGACAAGAUGGAACCCAUUGGGAAAUGUGGUAGUAAGAGCUGGAAAAGACCCAUUGGAAAAUGCGGUCUCUAUGUUAUUAAAGAGAUUCUUACGAAUGAACCUGUUUCAAGGGAGUGUUGUCUGAAGGUCGUAAAAGCUGGAAAACAAUGCUUCAUCGAGACUAAUAAGUUGAUGUUUCAAUUUUAUCAACUCAAACGCUUUGUUUCUCAGGUUUCUUUCAAAAUUAAUGAGGUUUGGAACAGAUGUUCUGCAGAAAGCCCUGACUUGGCCAGAAGCCAUGAGUUUGCUUCCCAAGGUGAUUCCCAGGUCCUGCAAGAGACAGAGCCAGGAAAGUGA